AUGUUGAAAAUUGCUUCGACGCUGCCUGAAAAAUUCCGUGCUGUGUUUUUACAUCCCGCAGGCCCGACUACUGUAUUUUUCUGGGCGCCGUCGUUUAAAUGGGGUUUGGUACUAGCAGGCAUAGGGGAUGUUAAACGACCUCCGGAUACAAUUUCUCUCAGUCAAACCGCGAGUCUUAUGCUUACAGGGGCUAUAUGGUCCAGAUUCUCAUUGGUAAUAAUACCCAAGAAUUAUAAUUUGUUCAGCGUCAACAUAUUCACAUGCGGCACGGGAGCAUACAAUUUCAUCAGAGGAUUGAUGUAUCAAAUGAAGCAGAAAUAA